AUUAAAUUAAUAAGGUGCGAGAAUGAUCCACAGCAUGCACUGGAAAUCUUCAACAUGGUUUCUGAUAACGAGGGGUUUGAUCACAACAAUGCCACAUACGGUAUUAUCCUCCAUAAACUGGCUGCUUGCAAAAGAUUUGAGAUGGUUGAUGCUGUUCUUCACCAGAUGUCCUAUGAGACUUGUAAAUUCCGUGAAGGAAUGCAGAUCUUGAGGCAGCAUUUGAAGUGGUUAAAGAGAUGAGGAUGUCACAAGUUUCUUAUCCCAACUUGAUCACAUACUCAACACUCAUGGAUGGGCUGUGCCGGUGUGGAAGAAUCCAAGAGGCAAUCAACUUGUUUGAAGAAAUGGUCUCAAAAGAUCAGAUAAUACCUGAUGCUCUGACUUAUAACAUCUUAAUAAAAUGGGAUUGUCAAGGAGGGGACAUUGAAAAAGGUAGGAGAAUAUUGGAUUUCAUGCGAAAGAAUGGGUGCCCACCGAAUUCCAUUAAUUACACAACCUUGAUGCAUGCAUGCUGUGAGCAAGGAAGAUUAGACGAGUGCAUUGCGAUUUUCACUGAAAUGAAGGGUUAUUUCAAUAAACUUGAUACGGUUUCCUAUACAGUUCUUAUAAACUGCAUGUGUAAGUGCGGCAGAGUUGAUGAAGCCGUAAACUUGCUUGAGAAGAUGAAAGAAAACGGUCGCAUAUCCGAUGAUGUUGCAGUUAGGAUUAUACUUGCAGCAUUGUGCAAUGAUCACAAGUGGGAUGAAGCUUUGCAUUUAGGGGAGAGCUUAUCUAAGGAGGGGGUAGUAUACCUUAGCAAGGGAUGUUACCGGAUCGUGUUGAAUGUGCUUUGCAAUGAAGGUGAACUGGACAAGGCCAUGGAGUUGUUGGGGAUGAUGCCGAGGAGGGGCUUUUGGCCUCACCACGCCACAUCAAACGAACUGUUGGUACGAUUCUGUGAAUCUGGAAAACUUGUCGAGGCAGCAUUCGCAUUGUUCUCAUUUGGACUGCCCAGGUUCUCUGGUUUUGUUCAUGGAGCUGUUAUGGUUUUGUUAAGUGGAAUGGGUUACAACCAGCCACUUGGAAUUGUUUCUGUGUGGCUUGAACCAACUCCUGUGGUGUUUAGGCUAUGUUUUGCUGUUCUCCAGGGCUGGGCAUUGGCAUCACUGGACCAACCUUAUCCCUUGCACCGGGUGACUUUUGUUUGCUGUGGUUUGGUUACGGAAGUUUUGGGGCUGACUGUGGUUUCUUCACCAACUGGUUCACUGCCCAGAAACUUCACUGAACACUUCCCAAAAUCACUGCGCUGGAUUUUGCUCUUUGGACAGCACCUAACUUCUGUUUUGGCAUGGCUAGAGAGUCUUCACGCUGGGGCUGUUGUACAGGGUUCCAAUACUGAUUUUGGUGGGGUUGAACCUUGCUGGUCAUGGGAAUUGUUGUACUUUGAGCUGCCACGAGUCACACUUUUACCCCUUCUUUUUGAACAUCAACUGAAAUGGAAACCAUUGUUGAGCCUUGGGCUCCAAUGUUUCAACACCACAAAAGGGAUGGAUUCGAAAGUUGAUGAAGCCGUAAACUUGCUUGAGAAGAUGAAAGAAAACGGUCGCAUAUCCGAUGAUGUUGCAGUUAGGAUUAUACUUGCAGCAUUGUGCAAUGAUCACAAGUGGGAUGAAGCUUUGCAUUUAGUGGAGAGCUUAUCUAAGGAGGGGGUAGUAUACCUUAGCAAGGGAUGUUACCGGAUCGUGUUGAAUGUGCUUUGCAAUGAAGAUGUUGAGGGUUCUGAUGAGGAAGAUAUUCUCGUUGAGGUGCCAACUAAGAAGAUUAAUAAGGCUAAAUUAGUGGAAAUGAAGAGGAGAGAAUAUCAAUUGUUGCAUCCACCAAAAAAGAAACAUGUCAACCAGAAAAAAGCCACAUUGAAUGAGUCUUGGUUUUCUGAUGAAGAAGAUGAAGACUUGGAUAACUUGGAAGAACAGAAUGCUCCUGAGUACAGACCUGAUGCAGAGAUGGAAAAUCUUAUAUUAUACCCCAAGUUGAAGUUCAAAAGCAUUCCUGAGUUCAGGAUGGUGAUCCGUGACUACUCGGUAAGGCAUGGCAUUCAGUUACAUUUUGAAAAGAAUGAUCCUAAUAGGGUUGUUGUGAAGUGUAUAAAAUGUGGCGAAUGGAAGGUGAGAGCUUCUUGGAUUCAGAAGGGACCAACAUGUCAGAUUAAAAGUUUGAAUACAAUCCACGAUUGUGAAUGGUGCUACAACAACAAGGCUGCAACAUAUAAGUACAUAGGUAAUAGAAUCAAGGAGCACGUGAAGGAUAUAUCAGGUGAGCCACUACAAAUGCUCUCCAAGUGGAUCUAUGGUAAUGUGAAGGNAGAGCAAGAAGAGAAGCAUUUAGGUUGAUACAUGGUGAUGCUGGAGUACAAUAUCAAAAACUUUGGGACUAUGGUGCUACUGUUCUAAAGCACAACCCUGGUAGUGUGGUUAAAAUUGGCAUACAUAGAAACAAAGAUAAUCAGCCUGUUUUUCAAAAAAUGUUUUUUACAUUUGCAGCCUUGAUUGAUGGGUUUCUUGCUGGUUGUAGGCCAAUUAUUGGCAUUGAUGGAUGUUUCCUGAAGUCCCCAUUUGGUGGGCAACUAUUAUGGGCAGUAGCUAGAGAUUCUAAUGACAAUAUGUUUCCAUUAGCUUUUGCGAUUGUGCCAGUAGAGAAUUAUGAACAUUGGUCCUGGUUUUUGAAAGAGUUACAUAUGUCAAUUGGACAUCCUAAUGAUAAGAAUUGGUGUUAUAUAUCUGAUAGACAAAAGGGGUUAAUGGAAGUGUU